UAGCCAUUGCAGAUACGUGUUCAAACAUACAAGUUCUCCUAUAUGUUGAUUAGUGCUGCAAUUGCGAUUGUGAUAGCUACCGCGGUGUCGUCACCAGUAGUUGGACAAGACGGUCCUGAACAGUGCCAGAUAUUUCGCACAAGGGAGGAUGUUGAACUGAAUAGAGAAAUCCUAACAGCAGUCGAAUCAACAAUUUAUGCGCGCAAUUUGGAAUUCUGUUGCUCUUGCGCCAGUGACAGAUCAAGCGGUACUGGACAUUGGAUUAGUAGGAGAGUGGGAAUGAGUUAUGCUGAAGUAGAUGACAUCGUCGAUCAGAUAAGAAAUGCAUUGAUUACGGCAUUCAACAGACGCAAGAAGUUAUUGUUCGCUUGCAAAAACAGAGACCGUCCUGUAACUGUCUGCCGAAUAUCGAGCUGCAUUUCACAGAAAAUUGCCUGUAACCUUAGAGAGAUUUAGCUCUAGAUGAGGUAAUACACUUCGGGACA